AUGCCAAAUCCAGAGAGACAUGGGGGCAAGAAGGAUGGAGGAGGAGGGGGGUCCUUGCAGCUGCAGACAUCCAGCAGUGGCAGUUCAAACAGCAAGGAGAGGCACCGGCUGGUCUCCAGACACAAGAGGCACAGGUCCAAGCACUCCAAAGAUUCGCCGCUGGUGGCUCAAGAGACGGCGGCACCACUGGGCGCAAUGAUCAAGCCACUGGUGGAGUAUGAUGACAUCAGCUCCGACUCGGACACCUUCUCAGAUGAUGUGGCCCUCAAGCUGGAAAGAAGGGAGAAUGACGAGAGGAAAGGGAGUUCAGACAGGAGCGACAGGUUGCACAAGCACCGGCACCACCAGCACAAACGUGUUCGGGAGCUGAUCAGGAGUAAGCAGGUGGAAAAGGAGAAGAAGCUGGAAAAGAAUCAGGAGGUGUCCAGCAAGUCAGGGUCCACCAAGGACCGGGUGUCAGGGACUUCCAAGAGACUCAACGAGGAGAAUGAGGAACACUUUAAGUCACAGCCAUCAAGAAGCAGCAACAAAGAGUCCAGGUCGUCCAAAGCACACAAGGAGAAGUCCAGAAAAGAGCGGGAGCUGAAGUCUGGGCACAAAGACCGCAGUAAAAGCCACCGGAAAAGGGACACCCUGAAAAGCUACAAAGCAACUGACAGUCCAAAACGGAAAUCCAGGAGUCCCCAUAGGAAAUGGGCUGACAGCCCCAAACAGGAUGACAGCCCCUCAGGAGCAUCCUACACCCAAGAAUACGAUCUCAGCCCUCCACGGUCGCAUACAUCCAGCAACUAUGACUCCUACAAGAAGAGCCCCGGUGGCUCAUCGCGCAGGCAGUCGGUCAGCCCACCCUACAAGGAACCUGUAGCGUACCAGUCCAACACUCGGUCUCCUAGUCCUUACAGUAGGAGACAGAGGUCCGUCAGCCCGUACAACAGGAGGCGCUCAUCCAGUUAUGAGAGGGGAAGUGGGUCGUACAGUGGGAGAUCACCCAGCCCAUACAGCCGAAGGCGCUCGAGCAGUCCUUUUGUUGCCAAGCGGUCAGUGAGCCGAAGUCCAGUAGCCAGGAAGUCUGUGAAGUCCCGAAGUCGAAGUCCUGUAUAUUCAAGACACUCAUCAUCAUCUCACAGUAAAAAGCAGAGGUCCGGUUCACGUAGUCGCCAUUCCAGUAUAUCGCCUGCUAGGCUACCAUUGAACUCCAGCCUGGGAGCAGAGCUUAGCAGGAAAAAGAAAGAGCGAGCUGCAGCAGCGGCAGCAGCAGCAAAGGUGGAUGGGAAGGAGGCAAAGAACUCACCUGUUUUUCUGUCUAUAAAAGAGAACAGCUCAUCUGAGGUUAAGGAGACUGGGACAGAGUCUAAAAAAGUACCCAAAAUCAUUAAAUCUGAAAAAUCAGCUUCCGAUACGGAACUGCUUAAUUUAAUACACAUGAAUGCAGAGACUAAAACAUCUCUGGAGCCAAUAAAAACCAAGAUAGACGAGAACUCUGAGAAGAAGCAUGCAGCUCCAGUUAAAGACUCAAAAACGAUGGGAACAAAAGACUCGAAGUCUGUAGUAGUGAAAGAGGAGAUUGCAACUCCAAAAGAGACAGAGACAACAGAGAAGGAGAACCCACCCCCACUGCCCUCAAUAAAAUCACCUCCUCCACCUCUACCAACAACUACACCGCCGCCUCAGACUCCCCCGUUGCCUCCUUUGCCUCCAUCACCAGCUGUUCCACCUCUACCGCUUUCCCAGCUGACUUCUGUUCAGGUCCCUACUUCAGUCCCAGCCUCUUUGCCAUCUUCUUCCCACUCAAGAACAUCUGCUUUGUCCACUCAGGCAAAUUCUCAGCCCUCUGUCCAGGUCUCUACAAAACCACAAGUGUCUGUGACGGCUGCUAUCCCACACCUGAAGACUUCAACGCUGCCUCCACUCCCGCUCCCACCUAUUCUGCUCGGGGAAGAUGACUUGGAUAGUCCAAAGGAGAUUCUUCCUCCAAAACUUGUGAAGAAAGAGAGAGAGCAGAGACCACGACACUUGCUCAUGGACCUCCCGCUUCCUCCAGAGCUUCCUGGAGGGGAUCCAUCUCCCCCGGAGUCUCCAGAACCAAAGGCAGCCACACCACCUCAGCAACCAUUCAAAAAGAGACCAAAAAUCUGUUGUCCUCGUUACGGCGAGAGGAGACAGACAGAAAGCGACUGGGGGAAGCGCUGCGUGGAUAAGUUUGAUAUCAUUGGGAUUAUUGGAGAGGGAACAUAUGGGCAAGUGUACAAAGCCAAGGACAAGGAUACAGGUGAACUGGUGGCUUUAAAGAAAGUGCGAUUGGACAAUGAGAAGGAAGGCUUCCCCAUAACAGCAAUCCGCGAGAUUAAAAUCCUUCGGCAGUUGAUCCAUCGCAGCGUUGUUAACAUGAAGGAAAUUGUUACAGACAAACAAGAUGCACUGGACUUCAAGAAGGACAAAGGUGCCUUUUACCUUGUGUUUGAAUACAUGGACCAUGACCUCAUGGGGCUGCUAGAAUCCGGCUUGGUGCAUUUCUCAGAGGACCAUAUCAAGUCUUUCAUGAAACAGUUGAUGGAGGGGCUGGAUUAUUGUCACAAAAAGAACUUCCUUCAUCGAGACAUUAAGUGUUCCAACAUCUUAUUAAACAACAGUGGGCAGAUCAAACUUGCAGAUUUUGGACUUGCCCGACUGUACAGCUCUGAAGAGAGCCGUCCAUACACAAAUAAAGUCAUUACAUUAUGGUAUCGACCUCCAGAAUUGCUGCUAGGCGAGGAGCGUUACACACCAGCCAUUGACGUGUGGAGCUGUGGUUGUAUCCUCGGGGAACUGUUUACAAAGAAGCCUAUUUUUCAAGCCAAUCUGGAACUGGCUCAGCUUGAAUUAAUCAGCCGGCUCUGCGGGAGCCCCUGCCCAGCUGUGUGGCCGGACGUCAUCAAGCUGCCCUACUUCAACACUAUGAAACCGAAGAAGCAAUACCGAAGGCGCCUGCGGGAGGAGUUCUCUUUCAUUCCUUCAGCUGCUCUUGAUCUGCUGGACCACAUGCUGACGCUGGACCCUGGCAAACGUUGCACAGCAGAACAGGCCUUGCAGAGUGAUUUCCUUAAGGAUGUGGACCUCGGCAAGAUGGCUCCUCCAGACCUCCCUCACUGGCAGGAUUGCCACGAGCUAUGGAGCAAGAAACGCCGACGACAACGGCAAAGUGGGAUCACAGUGGAGGAACCUCCGUCGUCAAAAGUUUCUCGGAAAGAAACUACCUCUGUAACGAGCACAGACGCUGUGAAGAACAGCAGCAGCCCGGCACACCCACCGCCUGCCCAGCUCAAGAUAGAGCCUGGUGCUGGAGAUGCAAUAGGCCUCGGAGACAUCACGCAGCAGCUGAAUCAAAGCGAACUGGCUGUUUUACUGAACUUGCUGCAGAGCCAGACGGAUCUCAGUGUCCCACAGAUGGCCCAGCUGUUGAACGUACACUCUAACCCAGAGAUGCAGCAGCAGCUGGAAGCUCUCAACCAGUCCAUCAGCGCUCUGACAGAAGUCACAACUCAGCAGCAGGACUCUCAGAAAGUGGCCCUGGAGGAAGCCAUCGAAGAAGAGCCACCCACAGAGGUCCAGCCACCAGAGGAGCAGACAACCCCGGAAGCGGCUAGCACUCAGGGAGAUAUGCAGAACAUGCUGGCUGUUCUGCUGAGUCAGCUGAUGAAGACCCAGGAACCUGCUGUAAACCUGGAGGAAAGCAACGGGGAAAAGAGCAGUGAGCAACGUGGGCCAAGGAAAACCCCUACCACGCAGCAGGAGGAAAGCACAGCAUGUCCUCCUCGCAUUCUCCCACCAGAGAAGAGACCCCCCGAGCCCCCUGGACCACCACCACCACCGCCACCUCCUCUGUCUGAAGGAGAUCUCUCCAGUGCAGCACAGGACUUGAACCCCGCCGUGACGGCUGCUCUGCUGCAGCUUUUUUCUCAGCAAGAGGCGGCGCCGCUAAGCCACUCGACGUCCGAUCACCAAGCCUUGAGAUCUGCGGAUUACGUCAGAUCGCAGCCGUCCAGGACUUACGGCACGGAGGGGUCGGAGGGGGGAUUCAGUGCUGACGAGCGGAGUGCUGGCCAAACUUUAACAGAACCCUCUGCCCAGACUCUGGGGAAAAGCAGGACCUUUUUGGGCUCUGUGAGCCACCAUGGGGAGGCGAGCAAUUACCAGGGCACAGGAUCUGUCCAGUUUCCAGGGGACCAGGACCUCCGUUUCACCAGAGUCCCCUUAGCGUUACAUUCGGUUAUUGGGCAGUCCUUUGUAAAAGCUGAGGGGAGCAACAACACACUGGUACACCCAGAGGCCAAAAUUCAAAACUACAGCGAGCUGGGGCCAGGGACUGCUGGCUCCAGCGGAACAGGAACGGGUCACAACUGGGGCGUUUAUGGAAAGGCCUAUCAUGGGCCUACUAGAGUGCCUCCAAGAGGGGGAAGGGGGAGAGGGGUUCCUUAUUAAGAGACUUGAGUUUUGUGAUGAUCUCCUUCCCUCCCUUGCCUCUCAACCUUUAGUGAAAUGAUUUUUUUUUUUUUAAUUUUAUUUUUUUGCCAGAGCGAGGUAUUGUCUGCGUUUCGGCUACUGCAAAGCUCAAUGUUGUAUUCCUUGCUCGCUAGGCCGCUAGCUGGUGCCCUCCAAAAUACUGUAAGAGUCCUGACUGGGCAUUUUGCUAGCCAAACUUCUCACUUGGUUAGUGACAAUAACGGUGAGUUUUCUGCCUUAGGCUGCAGAUGGUGGGGAAUCGUUUAAAAAAGGAGGAAAAAAUGGAAAAAGGAAAUAAAAAUGUUUUACUUGCCUGGCACUCGGGCUUCUCAGAAAGAGAACCACCUCGGUGUUCAGGUAGGACUCAGAGAGGGUCCGUUUCCCAAGGCAAAUCUUUUUUUUCAGUCUUUUUAUUUAAAGUAUUCAUGGAAUGGUGCCUAGAUCACCUCGACUGAAUUUGGAGAACCAGGAUAUGGCACUGGUUUGUAUUACAAAUUUUUAUUUAGCAUCCCUCCUUUCCACUAAGCUGC